CUAACAAGCCCUGACUUAUACCUUUACCUCACCCUCUUUAUUACUAUACCCAGACCUGAGGAAUAAAUGUGAAGUGACUCAUUAGAAACAACAAAUAAAAUGGGAGUAGGACCAGCUCAAAUGCAAAUGUUUAUUUGUCAUGCUCCUUUAACACUGGAGAAUGUAUUAAUUAAUGUCAUAGAGCUGUACGCAUUUGCAGCUGGCCACUGCUAUCCAGGGAAACGGAGCGAGGAUGAGUUGAAAAGUGUGGACUCUUGUUCAUGCCGGGAUCUGCUAGAAAAGAGGAAGUGAAGAGGUGGAACAUCUGGACUUCAUUUGUGUGCUCCGGAGUGGGGAAAAGGUCCAGAAAUAGGCUUAAAAAGUAUUUUCCAUAUUAAUUGCUGUCCACAAACCCGCAUCCACAUUAUAUUUCGACACUGAGACCCGACGCUUUAUGGGUAGGCCUAUAUGACGUUUCCAUACAAUCUGUCUCUCUUGUGUGUGGGUGUGUGUGACCGCGUAGCCUAUUGUGUGCGCGCCUUCCUGACGCUCCACAGCCCCGUGGAGCUGUUGUUCCCAGAGAGCAGGAGGACAAUCAGGAGAACUGUUGGAUUAGAGUUACAAAAGAGAAAGCGCGAUCUCUAUUUUUAAAAGGCCUUCUUUGGCAUUCUUCCGUCCUCGUUUUUUGGACUCGUCGCGCUUUCGGGAGAUCGUUGUACCGCUUCCGUGGCGCACAGCCCGGUAUGGAUUUACCAAAUGACUAGACAGGACACGCCGUCUAGUCCUCCACCAAAGUUCUGAUUGUCAUCGUUGCCGCUCGACCCCGGAGCAGAGGAAAGCGCUGAACUUUGACACAGCAUUUGUGGAAACUGGUGACCACAUGUGAGACCAAAAUUUGUUGGAGCGUCUUUUCGCUGCUCUCCACUAGCUUUCUCAUGGGGUGACCCACAUAGAGCUCCUUAGAUGUGACUGUGGGACAGGCAGUCUCCCUCCCAGCCUGGACCCUCUUCCUGUCCUUUCCUUAAAGGCAAGGAUUAUCAGCUUAAACACUCUGCACAACUCCACUGUGUGAAUGAAUCUUUGCCGUAAAGCCACUGUGCUCUGCCACCCUGUCACCAUGAAGAGCAAGUAUUCCCAAUACUACAAUCGGAGUCUGAUCCACUCCUACUAUGCCUUUGCUAAGAACAUGACCUCCAAGGAGAUUGAUAAACAUAUUGAGAGUAAAAAACAGCUCACCACCCUCAACAUUGUCAUUGUGAUCCUCUGCACUAUCAUCAUCCUGGAGAAUCUGCUGGUCCUAAUUGCUGUCUGCCGCAACAAGAAGUUCCACUCUGCCAUGUUUUUCUUCAUCGGCAACCUGGCAUUCUCUGACCUGCUGGCUGGCUCGGCCUACAUAGCCAACAUUUUUCUGUCAGGGUCAAGGACAUUUGAGCUGGUGCCUGUGCAGUGGUUCAUCCGGGAGGGCACGGCGUUUAUCGCUCUGGCAGCUUCAGUUUUCAGCUUGCUGGCGAUAGCUAUUGAGCGCUAUAUUGCUAUCACAAAGGUCAAGGUGUACGGCUCAACCAAAACAUGCCGCAUGUUCCUUUUGAUAGGAGCGUGUUGGGUCACCUCCAUCCUGCUUGGAGGACUUCCCAUCAUCGGCUGGAACUGCAUCAACAACCUCCCUGAAUGCUCAGCCGUUUUGCCACUCUACUCAAAGAUAUACAUCCUCUUUGUUGUCACCAUUUUCAGCCUCAUACUACUCUCUAUUGUCAUUCUCUAUGUGAGGAUCUAUUUGAUUGUACGCUCCAGCCACCAGGAAGCAACCAACUCACCGGCAUAUGCCCUUUUGAAAACUGUCACUAUAGUGCUGGGUGUCUUCAUCAUGUGCUGGCUGCCCGCUUUUACCAUCCUCAUCCUAGAUUCAUCCUGCAGGAUACAAUUCUGCCCGAUCCUCUCCAAAGCAGACAUCUUUUUUGGCUUUGCCACUCUGAACUCAGCGCUUAACCCAGUGAUCUACACGCUGCGCAGCACAGACAUGAGAAGGGAGUUUCUGCGUGUGUUGUGCUGCUGGGGGGUGCUGCAAACUGGGCGGCCCUCAGACCGUUGUCUGGUCCUUCUAAAGAGCUCCAGCUCUCUGGAACACUGCACCAACAAACAUGAACACCAGACCACUCCCAUCAUGCAAGAUUGUACCACCUGUGUCUGAAUAUGGUGAAAACACAUCAGAGUGCAUGCGUGUGUGUGUAUGUGUGUAUGCGUGUGUGUAUGUGAGUGCGAGAGCAUGUGUGGGUAUAUGAGAUCAAGUAGAGGAGCUGUGAUGAGAUGGAGAGAUGUUUAAAAAAGAAGCAAGCACAGCCUGGACUGACAUGCCUGGCAAGGCUGCGACAUAGCUGUCUGUUGAGACACAUUCUAAAAUGCAGACUUUUUCUUAUUACAAUCAAAAUUGUGUGAAUUCACAAUCAGCAUUCAAUCGAUUCACCCAUGCAGCAGGAGGAAAAACACAAUGUUUCAAGAGGAAACCAAUUUCGUAGGUGAGAACUUUCAGAAAUGUGGAAAUAGUUUUUUCAUGGGUACUCACAACAAUUUUCAUGUAUAUGCCUGUCAUCUUGUUUUUGUUUUUCUUUCUAAACAUGUAAACCCGUAUUAAAAGCCAAAAAUAGAAACAUAACAUGCAUAAUAUCAUAGUUAUGGUGACUUGUUUUGGGCCUUUCAAGAACUGCAUUGAGUUGCAGAUUACUUCAGAGAUUGUUGUCCUUUGUAAGGCUGAACCACAUUACUCUUCUUUACUGAUAUAUGUAUACAUUAGGCCUACAGAUUCAUCACUCAUUCUUUACAGAGCUGGAGGCAGUGAUCACCUUCACUCAGCACUGCACUCCACAGAGGCCAAAUUAUCACAAGUGCUCCCUCAACAAAACCAGGGCUAUAUAUUCCCUAUAUAACCUUGCUUAAACCAUUUGAUUAACUGCAACAAACUUACAUAAUCUGCAUACAUUUAAUGCAUGAAAUUCUAACUUAUUUGUAAGCGCUGAUGAUAUACUCCAGCUCCCAUCACUAACACUCCUUCCCUCAUUUGUCCUCAUAAUCUGUACCUCUUGCUUUUACUGUUGUCUUUUGUAUCUUAACAGUUUCCGUCGAGGAAGGCCUAAUCAGAAGGCACAUUUCCUGAACUGAGUUGGCACUGAUGAAUCUUACUCAAUGACAGCUGUCCUGUAGCUUUGACUAAUGGGACUGAUGCCCUGACAGUGUUGUAGCAACAUAGCAGCAAUGUGCUGUCUCUGUUUGUGCCUUCCUCUUGGGGAAUUAGGCUGAAUGUAUGUAUGAAGUGUUUGGGGCAGGCGCUCCAUUGUUGACAGUAUUAUUGAUCAUAAUUUUGAAUUACCAAGUCAUUGACGAGCAGAGAGUGGGAUGAACAGGUUAGGUCACUCUCACUGUGAAGUCUUAAAUAGCACAAUGAACAAGAAUUUAUUGUUAACAUCCUGGUUUAAUUUGCUAGCCAUAUAUCUUGUGCAACUAUAAAUGUAAACACGUCUCAACACUCCAAAGACCCCUCGCAAAAUAGGAGAAGAUCCGGUUUCAAACACACAGGGGGGAUCUGCCCUCCUGGGAGGUCUGCUUCAUUCUCAUUCUCUGACAUGGUACAACACACAGCUUCCUUCAGCCAUAGGAAGUCCUGUUUGUCGUAGUCUGGUUCCUGUUGUUCAGGGUUAGACUAACCUUCUUCCUGUAGAGAGACAUUUAAAAGUCUUCUCUUCCUCAGUGUUUUAAUAUUGACUUUUACAUUUAGAUGACCAAGUAGAAAUGGUGAAAAGCACUUUGGCAGCUUCAGUGAUGUUUGCUUUCCCCCAGUUUUUUUCAGAUGGAGAGGUGUUUUAAUCUUUGUACCUAUCACUUCAUUGUAUUGCCUGAUUUUUUUUAAUGAUAAAUACAUGAAUAACUAUGUAUGUGUGUAUGUAUCUUUGUACAGUAUGUAUGAUCUGUGUUGUAUGAAAUGUCUCGUGUGCAAUAGCCUUAUGUGUCCAGUAGCACGCUGCCUGUGUUAAAUCGGUACAAUCUGAAACACUAAUGUAGGUACAUAAACAUUUUGUUAAUUGCAUUCCCUUUUUAUAAAAUAAAUGAAAUACUGAAAGAAUCCA